AUGUAUCGAGAAAUCAAAAUCACAGUGACACCCGAGAAAAGACCCCUCGGAGGCCUAGUCGGCACCCCAAGCCCCAAGCGCCGCAAGUUGUCCAACGAUGCAUCGCUAACGGAGCUGCCGCUUACCCCAACUAAGCGAUCCGGACUCUUGCCGACCUUGGCUGAAUCGGCAGCCGUCUACACGCCGAAGCUUCCCCUCGCCGGCCCCGGCUCCGGCCCCUCCACGAGGGCUCAGCACAACGCAACAGAUGGCGCGAAAAGAAUUUCGCCAAUGCAGCUGGAAUUUGAUCUCAAAGAUUGUCUUUCUCCCAAAGGUUUGACAGGUGCAUUAAAGUCGCCUCCCACUUCACCAACUCGUAAAAAGCCUGUGCCGAAUAACGACAAGAACAUGGCGGCAACCACAUUUCCGCGUUGA